AUGGAAUUAAAUCUUGGUUUAAUUCAAAAGUUGAAACUUCUUGGAAAAUUUCUAAAACAUCAAUUCGAACAAUAUCAACUAGCAACAAAAGAAUAUGAAAUUAUUCAGACGUCAUACGGCCCAAUAAGAGGUUGCAAAUUUAACAAUUUGUACCACGAAUAUGGCCAAUAUUAUUCAUUUGAGGGUAUACCAUUUGCCCAGCCUCCAUUGGGCGAGUUAAGAUUUCGGGCACCAAAACCACCAGAACCAUGGAAGGAAUUACUGGAUUGUACCAGGUGCCGAUCAAAACCUAUACAAUAUGAUUAUGUGACCAAAAGUGUGCAGGGAUCUGAAGAUUGUUUGUAUUUGAAUGUAUACACGGAAAAGUUAAAGAGCGAGAAACCCCUGCCAGUAAUGGUUUGGAUUUAUGGUGGAGGUUUUCAUUUUGGCGAAGCUACCCGAACUUAUUAUUCUCCCGAUUAUUUUAUGAGCAAAGAUGUGAUUCUGGUUACAUUCAACUAUAGACUGGGGAUUUUUGGAUUUUUAAGCUUUGACGAUCCGAAUCUUAAUAUACCCGGAAAUGCUGGCAUCAAAGAUCAAGUAUUAGCCCUGAAAUGGAUUAAAGAAAAUAUUCACAGUUUCAAUGGAGAUCCCAAUAAUAUUACCAUUUUUGGUCAAAGUGCUGGUGCUUCAUCGGCCCAUAUGUUAACUCUAACCGAACAGACUAGGGGUCUUUUCCACAAAGUCAUAUUGCAAUCCGGUUCUGUGUAUUGCAAAUGGGCUUACACCACCAAUCGUAAUUUGGCUUAUAAAAAUGCCCUACAUCUUGGCUACAAAGGUCCCCAAAAUGAUAAGGAAAUCUAUGAAUUCUUUAACAAAAAAUAUCCCAAAGAUUUAGUUGUGGCCGAUUUGAAUGUUUUAACCAAAGAUGAUUUAUUUAAUUGGGAGACUCUUAACUAUAUGCCUGUGGUGGAACCCUAUGAUACACCGGAUUGCAUUGCAACUAAACCUUAUGAAGAACUUGUCGAAACAUCUUGGGGCAAUAAAAUACCAUUUAUUGUGGGCACUACAUCUUUGGAGGGUUUGCUCUAUACCAGUUUGUUAAAGAAAUAUCCCUUUCUCAUUGAUGAGGUCAGUGAUUUCGUAAAUCUUCUACCGGAUAAAGUUAAAACAAGCCACAAUUAUAUGAACCUCAAGGAAAUGGGAUUGAAAUUGAAAGAAACUUACUUCAAUGGCCACAAACCGAAUGCCAAAGAGCAUUUCAAUCAAUUUUUGGAAUUGCUCAGUCAUAAAAUGUUCCUUCAUGAUUCUUGGCGUACAAUUAAAGAUCGCCGAAGAUAUGCCAAAAAUGCCACAACCUAUUACUACAGUUUUAACUUCGAUUCGGAAUUCUUUAAUCAUUUUCGUAUAACAUGUUGUGGUGCUUCGUUGCGUGGAGUCUGUCAUGCCGAUGAAUUAUCCUAUUUUUUCUAUGGCACGGUACCAGAUAAACUGGACAUGGAGUGCAAGGAAUAUCGCUGCUUAGAACAAAUGAUUGGAAUGUGGUAUAGUUUUGCAUUGAAAUCGGAACCAAAUUGUGAUGAAAUUAAAGAGGUAACAUGGCAGCCAGUUGAUGAUUUUAAGAAAGCACCAAAAUGUUUGAUAAUUGAUGAUCAUUUGGAAUGCAAAGAAAUGCCGGCAUUCGAUACCUUAAAAAUAUGGGAUGCAUUUUAUGACAAAUAA